AUGGCGGCUUCAAAUCAAGAUGCUGCGUUGGCUAAUAUGGGAUACACGGCUGAAUUGCCUCGUUCCCUGAGUAUGAUGAGUAUUCUAGGCCUAUCAUUCGCUAUUAUGGCAGUUCCUUUCGGUCUCAGCACGACACUCGCUUACUCGCUGACCGAUGGUCAAUCUGUGACCGUUUUAUAUGGUUGGAUCUUCGUAUCGUGUAUAUCACUUGCUAUAGCUGCCUCACUGGCUGAGAUAUGCAGUGUGUAUCCAACUGCUGGAGGUGUAUAUUACUGGUCUGCUAUGCUUAGCACCAGGAAAUAUGCUCCUGUUGUUUCCUGGAUCACGGGGUGGUUGACCUUGGUGGGUAAUUGGACUGUAACUUUGUCCAUCAACUUUUCGGGUGCACAAUUGAUUUUAAGUUCCAUCUCGAUCUUUAAUGAAGACUUCGUGGCCAAUGCAUGGCAAACCGUCCUAUGUUUCUGGGCCGUUAUGGCAAUUGCUUUCUCGGUAAAUGUAUUCGGUGCAAAAUACCUGGAUUUGAUCAACAAAAUCUGUAUAUACUGGACUUCGGCUUCGGUUAUUAUCAUCAUCAUUACUCUUCUAGUAAUGGCGAAUAAUCGUCGAGAUGCCGAGUUUGUUUUCGCCCAUUUCGAUGCUUCGGCAUCCGGUUGGCCUUCUGGAUGGGCCUGGUUCGUUGGUCUCCUUCAAGCCGCCUACACCUUAACCGGCUACGGAAUGGUAGCUGCCAUGUGCGAAGAAGUACAAAAUCCCGAGCGAGAAGUUCCUAAAGCUAUGGUUCUAUCUGUUUUCGCCGCGGGAGUUACUGGAAUACUCUACUUAGUUCCUCUAUUAUUCGUUCUCCCCGAUGUAACUUCAGUUCUUGGCCAAUUAAACGGUCAACCCAUCGGCUACAUUUUCAAAACAGUCACUGGUUCCGCAGCCGGUGGAUUCGGACUUCUGUUCCUAAUCCUCGGUAUCCUCUUCUUCGCUGGUGUUGGCGCCUUGACCGCUGCAAGUCGUUGCACAUAUGCAUUUGCGCGCGAUGGAGCUAUCCCCGGUUCUCGUAUCUGGAAGCGCGUGCAUCCUACAUAUGAUAUCCCAUUUUGGGGCCUUGUCCUUUCUACUGUAGUAGAUUGUGUGCUCGGAUGCAUCUAUUUUGGCUCCACCAGUGCUUUCAAUGCUUUUACCGGUGUGGCUACCAUUUGUUUGUCGGUCUCGUAUGGAAUCCCCAUUUUGGUUAAUCUUAUUCGGGGAAGACAGGCAGUCAAGCAUGCUUCAUUUUCGUUAGGAAGAUUUGGAUUUGCUAUUAAUGCUAUCACCGUUGUUUGGAUCACUCUCGCCAUCGUUCUUUUCUGCAUGCCAACCGCUAUUCCGGUCACUCCUACGAGUAUGAAUUACGCGAGUGUAGUUUUUGUCUUCUUCGCUUCUAUCAGUCUUCUUUGGUAUGUAAUUAGAGGUAGAAAAGAGUUUAGUGGCCCUCCAGUUGUUUCGGCCGAGGAGGCAGAACAUAAUGGGGAGGUCGUGGGUGGUGUGGGAAGAGUUGUGACAGAGGAUGGCAGUGGACAGGUUUCAUAUGGAAGCGAUGCAGAGAAAGCGAGUCGGAAGUAA